AAUGUAGUCCUCACGUGCAGUUGUUGUGGUACCUUCUUUGAGAGCGAUCCACUGAGACUAUUCUACGUGCACAAGGGAAAAGCUGAGGGACUGCGCGAAAUACUGACCUACUUUCAUAGCGUAUUAACAGCAGCCUAUACUUCAACAAGCACACAAUCAGCAGGAACUUGCAAGUUGCACACAACCUUUGUUAUGUAUUUAUUUCUUAGCCGCUUAUUUCUCUGCUUGCUCAUGUGAGACUUCACUGACGUCAAAACAGCACAUUGUGAACCUGAUCUAUGAUGGUCUUCCUGUUGCCAGCCUCUGCCUCUUUGAGAAUGAGCAUCUUGUUGUCCACACCAGCAAUAUAUUGCACUAUUCUGCAGCUUUCAGAGCACAACUUUGUCCCUAUUUGUGCAUGGACAUCGUGUUCAUUAUCGCUGAAGUUCCCUAACAAGCCACUUUUCUGUUGGUCCUUUGAGACGACUUACCGUCCUCAUCUAUUGCAAAGCCUGCACUUGCUGUUAGCCAUCACAGUCACUUCAUUAUGCAUUUCUUGAUUAUAUAGGAUUGGCAUAGCAUACACUCCGCUGUCUUAACUUGAUUGUUGUUUCUGGCAGCCUCCACAGGAUACAAAAUUGUAAGAUUCCCCAAUGAGGACAACCAGGUGGCAGUCGUGCCAUCCACAUGGGUGGUCGGCACAAACUGUUUUUGGCCGCCAGAGAAGGAGGAGAAAAAGGUGGGAUUCUAUGUAAGGAAAAACAAGCCCCCUGGAAUGCACUGGCGGUUUCUGGAGUGUGAGGAAAUGGAAGCAUAUGAAAGCUUUGAGGAGGCACGAAAAAUGCUCCCUAUUGCCACAAACACCUCUGACCUCAAUGGUGAGCUGGAGUAUGGAAGGGGAAAAAGACGCAGAGUCAGAAGGUUGCUGUCGGACGAUGAUAGCCCUCCGCCUGUCACACCUCCCCGCCGCCGCCAACCAACAUGCAAUGAAGGCCAUGCAGCAAGCGAAAGGCACACCCAAAGGAGGAAGCAUCUUCCUGAACUUUCAGAUGAGGAGUACUCACUACCUGCAACCCCUCCUCCUCCUCUUCGUAAACAAAAACGUGAUAGCUACAAUGCACGAAAUGUGUUGAAUUUUCACACAUCCACUAGCCAGCCCUUGUCCCCCGUCAUAAGACACACAAAGGAUGUGCAGCGUUCAAGCUCCCAGUCAAGCCUAUUUCAUUUGGGAGGUUCAAGUAGAGAAGGCAGACAGAGUACAAACUGGAAACCUGCCAGCAGAAUGUUUGGAAUAUCUGCUGAGUUGCCAACUAGCCAGUCAAACCUUCGUGAAUUGGACUGCAGCAAUGAGUCUGGAAAACCCAGCAGUGACGGUGAUGAAUCACCUGGAGCUUCGGAAAUCUGCGCGCCUGGAAGAACACAAAACUUUUCUGGAAAAAGGUCCUCCGCACUUCUUAAGUGCACAGAGUCAAGGCCUCCUGGGAGUUGCACCACUUCAUUUGCACAGCCAUCAACCAACACCCCAGAGUUCGAGAAGAAAGUGCUGCGCAGCCUCCACAUCAUGUCAUUGCGGCUUCUAGAGCACUCCGACCAGCUGGACAUAAUGUUGUCAUAUUUGCAAGAACCCAAAGAGACAGACGAGUCAAACAUCAUUACACGUCCACUUGUUGAUGUUGAAAGUUUCGUGAAGUUUGAUGAAGAACUGCAACACUCUCACAAGAAAAAGGAACAGCUGCAGCGACAGAUGAUAAAAAUUGGGGGCACAAGCAGUGGAGACAGAGCCAGACGCAUCCUCUACAAAAUAAUUGCAGAUGAGGUGGCCCAGCAAUUCAACUGGACAGGGGCAGGUGGCAAAAUGAAGUUCAGUUCAUUAGAGUGCUGCAACGUGAUGUGUAGUGCUAUCAGCAAAGCAACAAAUGAAGGGACACUCGCCGAAGCAGAGAAAGCAAUACAAACGUGGCUGAGGCAUGCACGCGAAAGGCUGAGCAAGAAAGCAGCAAAACAGCGUACAGCAUAGUGGUUCUACUCCUCCAACCUCAUCAAGAGAGUUCAGGAAACACUGAAGAGCUUAGUGCAGCUGGACUGAAUGGUUUUCACAUUGUUCUCACAUUGUUGUCUUAUAUGUACAGGUCCCGACAAAAGUUUACGGAACACGCGAGCGGUGUA